AUGCAAGAGGCGGACAUAAUUUGCGAGUUCCUGGAAAUCGCAAUUCACAACGUUCUGUUUGCUCGCAAGUUGUACCCCGACUCAAUUUUCGAACGCAAGCGUAAAUACGGGGUGGUUGUUUAUCGUUCUGUGUACCCUAGCUUAAACGAGUACAUUGCCAAUUGUAUUAAGGCAAUAAGUUACCAUUUGCGGAACAACCAGUUGAAAAAUAUCCUUCUGUGCUUUAGUUCAGACCAGAGAGUAUUAGAGAAGUACAGUUUUCAAAUUUUGCACCUUAACGCCGUUUCGGAAAGCGAUCCGUUCCUUGUGAAACUGGAACAGCAUUUAAGUACGUUUUUUUUGAAACUACACUCAAGCCUUGAUAAGCUUGAUAAUUUACCAGAAGACGCCUCUUUUACCAUUCAAUUACAAGUCACAGAGUUUGCGCAUUUGGAGUACAAGCAAGACCCCCUUAAUGAAAAUUUUUUGUGGGUCGCAGCGCCCGAAUAUGACAAUAGUUCGUUUCCCGUAAUAGCGCCUUUGCAUAGUGUUAACACCGGUUUCGUCCAUUUUCAAAUUCUUGUCGAAAAACCGUCGUAA